AUGAACAGUAGCAGCGCCCACAUCACCUACGCCAGUCGCAAGCGGCGGAAGCCGGUGCAGAAAACUGUCAAGCCAAUCCCAGCUGAAGGAAUCAAGUCAAAUCCUUCCAAGCGACAUAGAGACCGACUUAAUACAGAGUUGGACCGUUUGGCUAGUCUGCUGCCUUUUCCACAAGAUGUUAUUAAUAAGCUGGACAAACUUUCAGUUCUUAGGCUCAGUGUCAGUUACCUAAGAGCCAAGAGCUUCUUUGAUGUUUCAUUACAGUCCUCCCCAGCUGACAGGAAUGAAGUCCAGGAAAACUGUAGAACAAAAUUCAGAGAAGACCUGCAUCUGCAAGAAGGAGAAUUCUUACUACAGGCUCUCAAUGGCUUUGUGCUGGUUGUCACCACAGAUGCUUUGGUCUUUUAUGCUUCUUCUACCAUACAAGAUUACCUAGGGUUUCAGCAGUCUGACGUCAUACAUCAGAGCGUAUAUGAACUUAUUCAUACUGAAGACCGAGGUGAAUUUCAGCGUCAGCUACACUGGACAUUAAACCCUUCACAGUGUACAGACUCUGGACAAAAAAUUGAUGAGGCUAAUGGCCUGCCACAGGCAGUAGGCUGUUACACCCCAGACCAGCUUCCUCCAGAAAACUCUUCCUUUAUGGAAAGGAGCUUUGUGUGCCGACUCAGAUGUCUCCUGGAUAAUUCAUCUGGUUUUCUGGCAAUGAAUUUCCAAGGCAGGUUAAAGUAUCUUCAUGGACAGAACAAGAAAGGGAAAGAUGGAUCAGUACUACCACCUCAGUUGGCUUUGUUUGCCAUAGCGACUCCCCUUCAGCCACCAUCCAUCCUGGAGAUCCGAACCAAAAAUUUCAUCUUCAGAACCAAACACAAACUAGACUUUACACCCACUGCUUGUGAUGCCAAAGGAAAACUUGUUUUAGGCUAUACUGAAGCAGAGUUGUGCAUGAGAGGAUCAGGAUAUCAAUUUAUUCAUGCUGCUGAUAUGCUUUAUUGUGCUGAGUACCAUAUCCGGAUGAUUAAGACUGGAGAGAGUGGCAUGAUAGUAUUCAGACUUCUUACCAAAGAAAAUCGAUGGACCUGGAUUCAGUCUAAUGCACGCUUAGUGUAUAAAAAUGGAAGACCAGAUUAUAUCAUUGCAACUCAGAGACCUCUAACAGAUGAAGAAGGAACAGAACAUUUACGAAAGCGAAAUAUGAAGUUGCCGUUUAUGUUUACUACUGGAGAAGCUGUGUUAUAUGAGAUAACCAGUCCUUUUCCUCCCGUGAUGGAUCCCUUACCAAUAAGGACUAAAAAUGGUACAAGUGGGAUAGAUUCUGCUACCAAAUCAGCUCUCAAUAAGGAUUCUCUCAAUCCCAGUUCCCUCCUGGCUGCCAUCAUGCAACAGGAUGAGUCUAUUUAUCUCUAUCCCGCCUCAGGUAGCACCCCGUUUGAAAGAAAUCUUUUUAAUGAACCUGUGAAUGAAUGCAGUAAUUGGCAAGACAAUAUCGCACCAAUGGGAAGUGACAGUAUCCUGAAACAUGAGGAAAUAGAUCAUUCUCGGGAAAUGAACCCAACACUCUCUGGAGGUCCGACAGGGCUCUUUCCAGACAACAGAAAUAGUGACUUGUAUGGCAUUAUGAAACAGCUAGGCAUUGAUUUUGAAGAUAUCAAACACAUGCAACAGAAUGAGGAAUUUUUCAGAACUGACUUUUCGGUUGAGGAUGACUUCCGAGAUAUUGACCUAACAGAUGAAAUCCUGACCUACGUCCAAGAUUCUUUAAGCAAGCCCACCGUCGGGUGUUCAGACUACCCGCAGCCACAGUCCCUGGCUCUGGCCUCGAGCUCUGUGGUGCAGGAGCCCCUGCAGUUCGAACAGCCGCAGCACUGCCCAGAGCACGGGGCCGUGGAGCGGGCACAGCUGUGUCAGAAAAUGCAACAUAUGCAAGUUAACAGCAUGUUUGCCAACUGGAACCCUCAUCCGUCCGUACCUCGGAGUUGUCCUCAGCAAGAUCUGCAGCAGUACAGUGUCUUUUCAGACGUCCCUGGCACCAGCGAAGCGUUUCCCUACACACCUGAGAGCAAUCCUGUGCCAUACACACAGACCUUUAUUCCCUGUCAUCAGCCUGUGUUACCACAGCAUUCCAACGGGACACAGUUAGGCUUUCCCAUAGGGAAUUUUGAACCAUCCCCAUACCCUACUAAUAAUUUAGAAGAUUUUGUCACAUGUUUACAAGUUCCUGAAAACCAAACCCAUGGACUGACUCCAGAGUCAACCACAGUAAGUCCUCAGGCCUGUUAUGCCGGGGCCAUGUCCCUGUACCAGUGCCAGCCGGAGCCACCACCCAGCAGUGUGGCCCGCAUGCCCUACGAGCCAGCAACAGCACCACAGGCAUUUUUAAACAAGUUUCAGAAUGGAGGAGUUUUAAAUGAAACCUAUCCUGCUGAAUUAAAUAAUAUAGAUAACACUCAGACUACCACACAUCUUCAGGCCCUUCAUCACCCAUCAGAAGCCAGACCUUUCCCUGAUUUGACAUCCAGUGGAUUCCUAUAAUUCCAACCCCGUUUUAUGCACCUUGGUUUUUGGAUGAGUUUGCAGAGGAUUACAGAAUAAAAACUGUCAGUGUUGGUCAUC